GCGCACAGUCACACACACACACACACACUCCAUCCUGUCCAGCGCUGGGAAUCAUGAGCGGCACAGCUGCUGACCUUCUCAUCAUCUAUGAGGCCGAGACGGAGCAGUGGGCGUCCUACAUGCGCUCCGUGCUCGUCGGCCCUGUUGCCGAUGAGGGCAUCUGUUGCUACGACAUCGCCACGGUGACCGGCAGGAAGAGCCAGGAGGACUUCCUGUGCCUGGUGCAGUACCGCUGCAAGCUGCUCAUCCUGUCGCGCGGGCUGCUGGAGGCGCUCUGCCCGCUGCGGCGCUUCUUUCUGGCGCGUGUACUGACGCCUCCCAGCCAGGUGGUGGUGCUGCUGUGCGGCGUGCCCAGCCUGGCGCCGCUCCUGGAACAGGUGCCCCUGCAGGGGGACGUCUACCUGCAGAUCUCCAGCGAGCAGGAGGCCCACGAGUACACGGCCACCGUGGCCGACAUUGUACGCAAAGGUGGACAGGUCACAUCCAUGGAGCCCGUCUCCCGUAGGGCAUCUGGACCCGACGCCAGGCUGGAGAAGAAGCUCUCUGCUGGGGGAGCCGUUGCAGCCAAAGCCCCCCUGCUGCUGGUACCCUCCAGAGUGCCUUGUGAGGCCCCAGGUGAGGUGUACCUGCUGCUGCAGGAGUCUGUGCCCUGUAGGGAGGCUGAGGUGGAGUUCACCGCAGGAAUGCACAAAGUCCGAGUCAAGACCACCAGCUGGAACGACAACACACUUAGUGUCAAUCCACCAGAGUUUCCUGCUGGUAGUGUGGGCGUUACCCUCUACUGCGGGGGCGUGGCUAAAGGGAAGGCCCACCUCCAGUAUUACAGCAGCUUGGGGGAGGUGGCCAAACUCCUGACCAGAGCAGCAGACCCAGUGGACUUCAUGUGCCAGGCGUUCCAGGUGUGCUCCGUAGAGCAGCUGGACGAGACGCUGGCCGGGUGUCUGAUACAGAAACUGCCCACCAGGGGACUCAGGGAACUGCAGUGGGACCAGCAACCUGAGGCUGGAGCCUCCGGCUGCUCCAGGGAGGACAUCCCCACACUGCUGCACUUUGUGGCCCAGCACGGGUUGCGUGACUUGGGCAGUGUGCUGCUGCAGUGCCCUGGGGCCCAGAGGGCCCUCCACACCCCCAACCGCCACGGCCAGACUCCCCUGGACCUCGCCCAGGCCAACGGACACACGCAGCUUCAUAUACUGCUCCAGGGGGCGCUAAAUGUCCAGAGCGGAGAGGAAGGUGAAGACUCCAGUGUGUAUGAGAUGAUGAGCACUGCGGGCAAACCCAAGUCCAGCCCCCCCGAUGACGCCCAUCAGGCUGGCAAGGAUGAGGACCAGGAGGAGGAGGAAGAAGAGGACCCGUACGCACCGCUCGGGGUGAACAACGAAGAAUACGACACCAUCCUCAGCCCCAGCAACUCUGUGGUGAUCGCCAACCGACCCCCGGCACCCACACCUCGCCCCGAAACCAUCCCCACCAAAGAGGACCGCACCCCCUACAUAGCACAAGUGUUCCAGAAGAAAAUGUCCCAACCAGAUGCUGGAACUCUCUACUCCCUCCCGCUGAAACAAGUGCGUGAGCGUGAGAGCAUCUCGUCCACCUACGACACGUUCGUGGCGAGCCACAGCCCCCCUGGGCUGGACGAGCUCAUCUCGCUGCAGCAGCAAGUCAAACUGGGCACGCUCAGUGUAGACGACGCCCUCGACAGGUUCAGCCAAUGGCAGCGUCUGCAGAAGGGGGUGGACAGCGUUCAACAGGAGAAACUUCGUCAGAUGCGAGCCAGCCUCAUAAACUACCGAGAGGACGAUGACAGCGUCUAUGAUAAAAUCAACAUCAUACAUCACACACCAAAUGUGGCGGUGAAGGACUGCAGAAGGGGUAGCCAGCCUGUGGAGAGUGACUUCUACAGCAAACCACUCAAAGGCCAGCCGUCCAAUUUGUUCUGGAAGGCUGAUAAACGAUGAAGAGACACGGAAGCUUUGCUGUCAAUGAUGUCUCUCUACGCGUCAGAGGGAAGGCUUGCCAUGUGUGGCUCUUUGAUAGUUUCAGUACAGUUCUUGUUCUAUAUUUUUCACCCCAAACGUUUCAUUUAUACAUGCAUCUUUUAAAAUAUAAUUUCAAAGGAGAAUAUAAUCCUAAACAGUAAUUUAUUUUUGACACAUUUUGUUCUCUGGAGAUUAAAGUAAGAAAUAUCCCUGAUGUCUGCAAUAUAUAGUUAUUCUGAUUAUGAAUUAUUCUGUGAAAACACUAUAUGUAAAUAAGUCAAUAAUCACAGUGGAUGUAAUUAUACAC